GUCUUCAUCUCCUUCGUUUUCCCAAUGGCGGUUAUCUCCGUCCUCAACACCAUCAUAGCCAACCAACUUAUCAUCAUGUUCAAGCAAGCGGCCCAAGAACACCAAGUGUGCACAAUUGGAGGACAGCAGACCAUGCUGAGCAUGUCCAUGGAACCUGGCCGUGUUCAAACCUUGAAGCAUGGAGUUCGUGUUCUACGUGCUGUUGUGAUUGCCUUUGUGGUGUGCUGGCUUCCAUACCAUGUGCGGCGGCUUAUGUAUUGCUACAUCUCAGAACAACAGUGGUCAGACUUCCUUUACGACUUCUACCACUACUUCUACAUGCUGACCAACAUCCUCUUCUACGUCAGCUCAGCGAUCAAUCCGGUCCUCUACAACUUGGUCUCCACCAACUUCCGCCAGAUCUUCUUCUCCACCUUCAUUUCCAUAUGCCUGCCGUGGAGAAAGAAGAAGAAGAGAACCAAGUUCAACAGAAAAUCCAACAGCAUCUCUAGUAACCAUACUUUUUCUAGCCAGGUCACCAGAGAAACUACUUACUGAGAUAUCGGGAUGCCCGAGAAGAAAAGGAAGGAAGGGGAAAAAAAGGUUCCAGCAAGACAGGAAACAGAACUUGUGAAAGGGGGUCUGUCCUGCUUUCAGACACGACUUCCAACCUCACCGCCGCAUGAACAUGUUUAGCUGACUGCUGUCCAUUGGAAUGAAUACAUGUCCAUGGUUAACAUUGAGGUGAUGUUCCUGCCUUUGCCUCCGGCUUUUUUGUGAGUUGCGUCUCCAUGUGUUGUCAUCUUGAUCCAGCAUAGAAGUUGCCAGUUGAUGUUCUCCAGGAAGCUUUCUCAUCUAUGGCCUCAACGUUGAUGGCCAAGCUUCAAUGCCUUUGGACAAGCACCAGGGAAAUUCAGGAGAUUCAGGCCCCUUCAAAUGAGUAUAAAUAUUUAUUGCCAUCUUCAGCAGUCCAGAAGAAUCUGGCGAACUCGCCAUUAAGGGAAAUGAGCGGGAGAUAAGAAGGCAUUCAAGGCGGGCUGGACUUCAUUCUCUUGCAGGCGCACAGGGAUUCGUGACUUAUGACACGCUUGACCCCUCCCUCGGGCUCAGCCUGGUCAUCUCCUACACCUCUCUUAACCGUACUCAUUCCGUUUCUCCAUUUAGAAGUGCCAUCAGCAAGGAGAUUGAGAUCAUUUAACCUGGUUAUCUUGAAAAUGUAGGGAGGAGGCAAAGAAUGAGCAGGAUUUCAUUUUUGCAGCAAAAGGCAGGGUUGUGGGUUUUAUACACAGGUAGUCCUCGGCUUACGAC